AUGUCGAUUCCGGGCUGCAUUAGUUUGUUGAUACAAGACGCAGCUACAUUUCUCUUGGCUGUGAAAGGUUUUGAUGUGAUUGUCAUUGGAAUUCACAGGGCCGAGACCGUGAAGGAGUUGUAUGAAAAAAUUCUUGAGUCCAUUAACACGAAAAGAACAAUGGCUCCAAACGCAUGGACGUGGUCGAUGAUUGAAAAUUGCAAGAACAGAGAGGAUAUUAAGCUUCUCUUUGAUAUCUUGCAGAACCUAAGCAGAUUUAGAUUGUCAAAUCUUCGAAUUCAUGAGAAUUUUAACUGCAACCUUUGUCGGGAAGUCACAAAAGCAUGUGUGCGUGCAAGGGCUCUUGACUUUGGUAAGAAGGCCUUGUGGGAGCAUAAUGUCUAUGGAUUGACCCCUACAAUUGGCUCUGCAAACCAUCUAUUGCAAUACGCUAAAGAGCACAGAGAUGCUGCCCUCAUGCAGGAAGUUACGAAGCUUUUGAAGAAGAACAACUUUCCAUUGCAACCCAGCACGGCCGAUAUUGUCUUCAGCAUUUGUAACGAUACAGACAAUUGGAGGUUGCUCACAGAGUAUUCGAAGAGAUUUAUGUGA